GACCAUGCGUGAAGUCUUCUUUUGAUGUCGGUCCUCUUUCCAAUGAAUUCACUCAUGAUAUAAUAGAUUUCUUUUGUCCAAUUUCUAAGUUCAAGCUCUGUAAAUAUGAAUAAUAGCAUUGAAUUCUAGUGUUGGGCGUUUCCUCAUAAACAGGGCAUUGGGUUUGUAUGGCAUUCCUGGCGUAGUUAUGGGAUUGGUGUACACUAGAUAUCAUUCAACUCUGAAACAUAGGCAUUUCUCAUAGAGGACUAUCACUUGAGAACUGUCUUUCCUACUGAUGCAACCAACAUGAGCUCUAGUGGCUACUCUACGGGCUCAUUCUCCACUGGAUCCUACUCAUUGGAUUCUGAUCGAGGAUUCACCUUUUCUCCUCAUAGGAGUAAGAAUCCUAGUGGGAAGAAGAGAGAGAAACUCAAAGUCAUGUUUGACUUGGAUACGGAGAGUUCUGAAGAUGAAACAUUGGAACCUGAGGAGCUUGGAGAGAGGUUUCUAAAAGUUGAGCUACCUAAUCUUGAUACCACUUCUGUUCCUGAAAGCUGUACUUCAGGUACUUCAGUUUCUGAUGGUUUUGUUACAACUACAGAUGAACCAAAUGAGAUCUAUGAUGAAGCUAACCAUGGAACAGUUAAAAGGAACUUCUAUGACCUGUAUGACGAUGUCAGACAGUUUUCAUAUGACUCUGGCAUUUCUGAUUCUGGGAAUUCAUCGGAACAACGUCGGGAAUCAUACCCACAUAUAUUUGUCUCGCAUAGACAUAUACCAGAACCAGACUAUGAUGAUUUGCCACAAGGUAAACCAAAAGAAUGCUUUGAUAAACUGCCGCAUAAUUUACCAGAACGAGACUAUGAUGAUCUUCCACAGGCCAUAAGGGUUACCCAAGAUCGUUUUCACCAUGUUACUAUCAGUCGAGCAAUGUCUAAAUCUAAGAACUCAGCCAACAGGUCUGAGCGUCGAUCAUUGCCUAUCCAGGUGUUCUUGAAUGGGCACUUGUUCCUGGAUUCAUCUAGACUACCUCAUGUCAGGACUAAACGUGGAAAAGAGAAGAAUCGUAUUGAUCUGAAUCAGAUUAAAGUGGUUGAACCUGUUUCUGAUGGUGCUUUCCAAGACAGACAGAAUGGCAUUCAGGUUACGUACAGUGAGCAGAAUAACGAUGUUACUCUCUAUUUCUUCCCAGCGUCUAAGAAAGAGCAACAAGAAUGGCUUCAUGAUCUCAGAGAUUUGGUUAAGAACAAUCCCAAUCUUAGUGACCGAUAUCACUAUGGUAUCUGGACGAUGUCAAAAUACACCUGUUGCCAGAAGGAUUAUAAGGGAGCUCCAGGAUGUCAGAACACUUACAGAACACAACCUCAACCGUCUUAUCCAACUACACCAUCAAACGGUAAACGCACUCAUGGGCCUCAACAAAUCAGCUUACCUGGAGUGCCUAUAAACAACCAGAAACGACCUCCUAAACCACCGAUACCCAUCCCAAAUCCACCUGUUACAGAUAGACCAAAGAUGAUAGUAAUAGCCAAGUAUGACUACGAACCAUUAGAGAAGAUUGAUAUACCAUUACAGAGAGGCCAGGAAUACUCAGUACUCAAUAACUCCAGAGAAUACUGGUGGAAAGUCAGAGAUAAACACGGGCGCGAAGGUUUCAUACCCAGCAACUAUGUAGAAGAAAAGAGUAAAUAUUCAACAGGCCUAGAAAGAUAUGAUUGGUUUAAUGGAACGUGGUCAAGACAAAGAACAGAACUUGAACUAAAACAAGAAGGCAAAGAAGGCUGUUUCACUGUAAGGAAUUCAAGACAACCAGGAUUGUGUACGCUCUCAGUAUUAGCCAAAGAAAAAGGACCAGGAGGAGAGGACGUAGUUAGACACUACCACAUCAAACAGAACUCACACAAAGAGUUUUAUGUAUCUGAGAAACAUUGUUUUAGAGAUAUGGCUAAACUCAUUGAAUACCAUCAACACAAUGCUGGGGGUCUAAUAACGAGAUUACGGAAUCCACCAGGGUUUACGUUACCAACCACAGCUGGUCUUGGAUCAACUAAAUGGGAGAUCAGUUGGUCAGAGCUGAAGAUAUUACAAGAGUUAGGGAGAGGUCAAUUUGGUGUGGUCCAUUUGGCGAAACUGACCCACAACAACCGGUUUGUAGCGGUCAAGAGAAUGCAAGAGGGAUCUAUGUCAGAAGAGGACUUCAUCGAUGAAGCUAAAGUAAUGAAAGAAUUACAACAUGAAAACCUUGUACAGCUCUAUGGUGUAACAUCAGCACAAAGACCAAUGUGUAUAGUCACAGAAUAUAUGUCAAAAGGUUGCUUGUUGUCAUACCUCAGAACACACACGUAUAUGUUAUUAGAGAACACCUCAAUACUCAUCUACAUGACCCAGCAAGUCUGUGCUGGUAUGGCCUAUCUAGAAUCAAAGCACUUCAUACACAGAGAUUUGGCUGCGAGGAAUUGUCUUGUAGGUGAUAAGCACAUUGUCAAAGUGGCAGACUUUGGUCUUACUAGGUAUGUGAUGGAUGAUGAAUACACAAGCUCAGGGACUAAGUUUCCAAUCAAGUGGGCUCCACCUGAAGUACUCCAUUAUACAAGAUUUAGCAGCAAGUCAGAUGUAUGGGCAUUUGGGAUCCUGAUGUGGGAGGUGUUCUCCGGUGGCCUGGCUCCGUACCCUGCCAUGAGUAACGUAGAGGUCGUUGAUCAGGUCACGAGGCACGGCUAUCGUAUGGAUCGACCUGAUCAUUGUCCGUAUCAGAUGUACAGAAUUAUGAAUGAGUGUUGGAGAGAGAGACCAGAGAAUAGACCAUCAUUCAACUCCUUGACUGGCAAAUUAGAUCAAUUAACAGAAAGAACAGAGGUUCAUCAUUCAUGACACCAAUAACUCAAACAACAAAUGGUGUGCUAAGGUGUGCAUCUCCAAUAGCCACAGUUUAUCUAUAAAGAAGAGAGAGUGUCCUAGUCUUUGGUGUCCAGACACUUUACAGGGUUCAUCAUUUGGUUGAGGUGAUAUUGCUUCCAGUGUAUCAUCAAAUCACUAGGAACAUUAUAUGUACUAGUCGUGGUGUCCAGCCACCUUGGAUCAAGACAUCAAUGCACUGCAAUUCUAUUUGAGAAUGUAGACAUGUUAAACAUUUUUCAGAAAUGCCUUGAAUGAACCUGAUGACGAAGAGAGUAAAGAAGAACACCCAUGUCGUUUUCUUAAUCCGAGGAUAAUCAAUGGGCCAUAAGAAACUAAGUGAUGACCUUGCAUUUAGAUUUCAACUGAGUUUGUUUCAUUCUAUGACCAGGAUAGAAGGGACACCUCAUUCAAACUGAAUGUCAGCAUUAAGUGUGUCCAGAGAUUGCAGCUGACACCAAUCUUAGUCUUGUAGGACAGACUCUAGCCUUGAUGUGACCUUGACCAACCCUUAAGAUGAAAUGUGCAUAAUUAUCGAUGACUCUUGGAUAGGAUCGUAUUGAGUGUGAGGUUUCGUAGGGUGACUCCAGAAACAAUGUGAUUGUUAAAAGUUCCAGCCUACAUACCUCAAUCUUUCUUCCAUCAAUGUGUAGCUUUGGUUUCAUUCAUUUGAUAAGCCUUUCGCCAGAGUCGUAGAAAGUGAAGUUGUGAUGAAUGGAACCGGCCUAUUCACAGCAAUAGCCCUUGGGGCACCUACUACCAAGCCCAAAUUUCUCAACAGAUCAUAUCAUUAUAUGAUGACAAUGUUACCAGCAAUGUUGGUUUUCAUGCAGGUAGCCAAUUAGUGACCCCUCCACAUAUGACUAGGUCGAUCCACCCACAUAUGGCAUCAAUACUAACAAAUGGUACAGGGUCACUCGUUCAUUCAGAAUAAAAUGCUUGUAAUAAUAAGAGCUAAGGUAUUUUGAUAUUUUUUUGAUGGACUUAUUUGUAAUGUUGAUACUAGCCAAAAAUUCCAUCUCAGAUACUAGUUUACAAUUAGGCUGCAUUCUUUUUAUACUGAUAUUGACGAGGUAUUUCGUUAUUUUACAUGUUUGCUCAAUAAUGUUUAUUUUUCUAUCGCGACACAACUUUCAUCACAAUAACGAACUACAUGCUACUUGUCAAAACUUUUUGUACAUCAUUCACAUUUUAUUUACACUUAUGAUACUCGUAUUGCGUGUGUCAUGCUAUGUCACUGUUGUAAGAAAUCUGAUUAAAAAUUUAAAUACAUUCCUCCUAAAUGACAAAUUCGUGUAAAAUCAACUCUAAAAAGAUUAGAAAGAUAAGAGAAAGCAGUAAAAAGUUGUAUUUGUGGAAUAGUGGCCUCCGUGCACUGUGCACUGGUGAAUGUCUUUGUGUAGUCCUGUAUUGUACUUCCAUAUUCCCACAUAUACUACCAGGCUAGAUUUGACUGGUUUAUCCUAAAGAGGGCCACCCCCACUGAUAAUCAUGUACUAACUCAUACUGUAAACACUUGCCGAGGAAGCUAGACAGAUGUGGUGCUUGUAAAACAUUCCUGGCUGAAUAGAUAGCACACAACUAGCAGUAAUAAGAUAUGAGAUCAAUAUGUAUAUUCUCUUUAUUCUCCAGUCAGCUUUCUGUAAUAAGUUGGAUUCCUGCAAGUUACCAUUGCAUAGCAAAGUUAUAACUUUUAUGUAACAGGGCCCUGACCCGCUGUGUGGGAUCUCCCUGAAAUGAUUCAUCUCUAUUUUCUAGUACAUAUGAAAAGUUGUUUUGUUCUCAGAUUAUCACGGCAUCGAUAGCAGAUCAUGAAAUGAAGUAAGAAUGGAAUUGAUUGGGGUGCGAUGUAAGAAAGGAUGGAUUGUUUGGGAGGAAUGUCAUUUUUCUCAUAUUUUUAUCAUAUUGAUAAUAUCCAGACUCUGUUUCUUAUAUUGAAAUUGUGCAUCUUCUAGAAUUACUUGAAAAUAAGUUGGCUAUCAGGGAUAAGAGUGUGCAAGGAUUACCAAGAAUGGUGUUCAAGUCACUUCAAUGAUGUAAUGAUGAAAACUUGAUUCUUUUUUGUUGUCUUUGGCAAAUUAUACCACACCACAUUCUAAAACAACACCUUUGGAUCAAAUAAGUGAAGAAAACUAGACAAGUAUUGAAGUGCUUUGUAACUGCAAGGAAAAGGGUCUCUACCAAAAUUCUUGCUAUGGAAUUGGUUGGAUUGGUUUUGUUCCCAAUUUUCAAACUCAAGCAGAAUAGUAAUGAAGAUCAAGCGUUUAUUCAAAUUCCAUGUUUUUUUCCCAUCACUUUUUUUCAAAAUUUACUGUCAUACAAGUAAAGUUGUUUAAUGGUCUAACAUGCACAUUCUUCCAACGAUAUUUGUUGGUUUUAUUAGUAAAAAGUAGUGUUCUGCAUAUGAAUUUUCUCUCUCUAAUCAGCGAACCAACUUUCCUUCCUAUCUUUAUAUUUUGACAGUCUGUAGUAUGAAAUACUUUGAAGGACUGCUUGUAUGUACUUUCAACUCAGUAGAUCUUUUUGCAUACCUUUGUAACUAUGCAAAUAUAUAUGUUCAUUUCACAAUAAGGAUGGAGAUUUUUUUAUAGUUACUUCCACGUUUUGAUGUCUUUGUCUUUUCAAUUUUGGGGCAUCUUUUUAUAGCUUUUAUAUAUUUUGAAUUUGGAACUCAUUUGGUUUCUACAGAAGCAAUAUAUUAUAUUUUUAUAGUGUGUCAUACAGCUGCAGUUGAAUAUCUUCAUAUUAUGUUGCAUAAUCAGGUCUAUGAUUAAUUUGUGAGCCUUUUUUAUAUACAUCUUAAGAUUGAAUUGUUAAAAAAAAAAACUGUUUCAUUCAUCUUGUGCCAACAUGCAAAUCCAAGAAAAUUGUGUGAACUGAAAAUUCUUUAUUUUUUAUACAAACAAAUACAUAUGUCAUGAAAAUUGCACAGGUCGUAGGCAGCAAUGUUUUUGCUUGUGUCAGAAGAUGAACUUAAUGGCCCUAUACAUGCUAUCAAUGUUUGUGGUGUAAAAUAAAGCCUCGGACAAAGUGCUGCAAGUGAGCACUGCAAGUGUCAAAUGCCCUUAAAAUAAGUGAAAUUACAAGUGGUGUAUUCAGUCACUGGUAUGUUUGUGAACUGUUGUGUUCUCAUUGUUAUUUAUUAAUCUCAAAAUUAUUCAUGCAUUAGUUCUGACAUUAAAUUUUUUAUCACAAUGAUGCGAGAGCUAUUAAAAUCAAAUUCAUCAUCAUUCCAAGACAUUUUUUUCAUACUCUUUCUAUUUUCAUUAGUCCCUUUCAGAAAUUGAAUUUCACUUUAUCAGACUUCAUGGUGGUUUCAAAAAACAAAUAUUUUUGGGGUACAAAUUAAAAGUAUGAAGGAUGUACCAUGAGUCAUUCAUCAUUAAGACUUUUAUUCAAAUUGCUCUCUAGUUGUUUGAUGUUAUUUUUUAUUCAGUGUGAGCAGGUUACUAACAAAUUUAAAUAAUGAUGAUUACUGAUAGAUGCUAUAAUGCAUUCACACAUAUAUAGCAUGAUCUACCCUAUGGCUUAUUACAAUACAUUGUAUUACUCCUGAUUUAAUGUUAGCUAUGAUUUCCAGCAUGUAGUGCAUUCAAAGAAUUCAUCUUUCUGACUAUCCUCUCACCUCUACUGGAUUGAACGCAGCACAAUGUGGAUUAAAUACAGGUUCAUAUCAAUUCCACUUUUGACAGUCUUGUUCUUUGGAAAGGUACUUUAAAUUAGACUGAUCCUUGUUUUGAUUGUAAGAGGUAAGAUUGCAAACACUUUCUAAGGAGCAACUCUAGCAAUACCUUGUGAUUUCAUUCUUGUUAUUGACAUUUGUUAUAUUUUCAUGUAUUUAUUACUGAUUGGUCUGAUUAUUGGUGUUGCACUUGUCGUAUAAGUAUCAUGUAAGCAUUUCAAAUCAUGUCAUUUUAAUCCUGCCAUUAAUUAUGUAGAAGUUGUAAUACUCAGAAAGAUGUAAAUUACUUAUCAGAGUAAUAAAUAUUGCUUUUUAAAUGUCUGUAACGAUAAGAUGGGUGAAUUUUGAAUACUAGUAUUGCAUGUCAUAUAUGAUUACCCCUGUUGUUUGGUGUAUCAUGAUAUGUGAUUUGUAUAGCUUGUGAUGUAAAUUGAUUAAUUUGUAUAUGAUGUCAAUCCUCUAUGUACUCCUUGUAUAGUCUUAUAUAACGGCUACAUACAAUCACUUUAUAUCUGUAAAUAUGAUCUCAUAUAAAUUUAUCUAUAUAUAAUAUGCAUCAGCAUUUUUGUAAGUUUUAGCGGUGCAUGUAUGAUAAAGGGCCUAUAUGCUCAGAUGAGAUUGAAAUCAUUGGUGAAUUAAAUAUCUCAUGAUGGGUGAGAGGUGAA